GCUAUUCGUGCUUUGCUAGUCUCAGCAGCUGGAAUACAAUCUAUAUCCAAGAACGACUCCAUCAUAAAGAGAGCGGUGAAAUACGUCACUAAUGGCUGGCCGUCAACUGGACCCGAUGGUGACUUGAAGCAGCUUUACCACCGUCGGGACUCAUUAUGCGUCGUCAAUGAGUGCUUGAUGUUUGGAGAUAGAGUAGUGGUACCAGAGUCCCUAAGAUCAAGGGUGCUAAAGCAGUUCCACACUGGUCAUCCUGGUGUAAAACGAAUGAAAUCCAUCGUCAGAAGCUAUGCUUAUUGGCCCCUUAUGGACCAACACAUCAUGGAUUUAGUAGGCGAAUGCAUGCAAUGUUAGCAAGCGGCGAAAUGUAAUGCGAAAGUGACGCCGGUCUCAUGGCCCCGGCCUGAGUAUCCCUGGUCCAGGAUACAUGUCUGUUUUGCUGGUCCAAUCAGUCGGACUACCUAUCUAGUUGUGGUUGAUGCCUUUUCGAAAUGGCCAGAAAUUGUCCCCAUUAUGCCACCGACGAAUACCAAAAGGAUACAACUCCUGUCGGAGAUGUUCGCUCGCAACGGUUUACCGGAUGUAAUUGUUUCAGAUAACGAUUCUCAGUUCACCUCAACACAGUUCCAAGAUUUCUGCCAACGGUUAUCCGUCAAGCAUCUCCGCUCUCCACCCUACCACCCUCAACCAAACUGCCAAGCAGGAAGAUUUGUGGAUACAUUUAAGAGAGCUCUAAUCAAGUUGAAAGGGGAGGGGACGCCAGUGGAAACACUUCAAAACUUCUUAUUCGUUUACAGAACGACACCUAGUGAUGUAUUACCCGAGCAGAAGUCCCCAGAAGAAAUCCUGAUGGGAAGAGAAUUGAGGACGGUCCACAAUCUGACGCUUCCGAAAACCACACUAUCGCCAUCACCGACCAAGUUACAGAAGCUGCUAACAUACGAGUUUGGGUGUCCGGUGUUCGCUCGGGACUACAAACCAAAUCAUGGUCCCUGGAGGUCACAUUGCGGAGGUUCAUUACAGCGGAUUCCGUACGAAAUGAAAGACAAUGUAAUAAGUGCUAAUUUUACAGUUCGUUUCUUGAAUACAUCUGAAGAAGGCUUAUAUCAUCUGUACUUUCAUAAUUGUGCUGAAUUAAAUGUAGAAUCUGGUAAACGUCAUUCAGUUAACUUAACAUUAAAAAUGGUUGAGAAGAAUGUAAACAGUUAUUUAUCUGCUGGUCAACAACCAUUGCCUAUGCUUUAUGCAAUUUCUUGUUUGGCUUAUUUGUUCCUUAGUAUUUUCUGGUUUGUUUACCUUCGCAAAUCAAAAAAUUCGGUUUAUCGAAUUCAUUAUCUCAUGUUAGCAGUUACUGUUGUCAAAUCAAUUUCACUUGGCUUUCAUAGUGUAAAUUAUUAUGUGAUUGGGAAACAUGGUGCUCAUGAAGAAAGUUGGGCUGUUAUGUAUUAUAUUACUCAUAUUAUUCGAGGUGCACUUCUAUUUAUCACUAUAUUACUGAUUGGUGCUGGUUGGGCCUUUAUCAAACAUAUGUUAACACCGCGUGAACGUAAUGUGUUCUUGAUUGUAGUACCUCUUCAAGUUUUAGCCAAUAUUGCUACUAUAAUUAUUGAAGAGUCUGAAGCUGGUGCAGCUCGUUAUGCUACAUGGAAAGAAAUUUUCAUUUUUGUCGAUUUAGCAUGUUGUGGAGCAAUUUUAUUCCCUGUUGUCUGGUCUAUUAAACUUUUAAAAGCAGCUUCUCAAACAGAUGGUAAAGCAGCUAUAAAUCUGCGUAAUCUACGGUUAUUCCGUCAUUUCUACAUUCUGGUUAUUUGUUACGUGUAUUUUACACGUGUCAUUGUCUACUUGAUGACAAUCACUGUAGUCUAUUCGUAUUCAUGGCUUGUGGAAUUAUUCAAGGAAACGGUGACUUUCAUUUUCUUUAUUUCAGUUGGUUAUGAGUUUCGUCCAGUUAAUGAUAAUCCUUAUUUGCUCGUUUCUGAUGAAGAUGACGAUGAAGAUACUGUGAUGGAACGUAUGCAAAUGGAAGAUAUAUGGUCUCAGUCUGGUUUAACAGAUGGAGUGACACGAGUACAAAGAUCCCAGUCGAAGCGUAAAUCAAAUAUUCCAAUGAAAACUUAUCCAAAAAGUCAAGAUAAAGAAUCAUUACUACAAGGAGUAGAAAAUGCAUAGUUUUAUUCUAAAUAUAUACUUCUCAAUCCUUUCCCAUCUAAUAUCAAUCUACACUGCAAAACAGAUAAAAAAUAAAACGAUUUUAUGUGUAUACACGUUUGUGUAGUGCUAUUACUACUACUUCUUUUGCUACCAACUAUGUGAUUUUCUUUGGUUAUCUUAUUUCUGUUUUGCAGUUUUAUAAACGUGUAUAGUAAAUAUCCAAGUGUAGAUGCGCAUGUAUGGGAAAUUCGUCUCUAUUUCCCCUCCCGCCCACAAAAACAUUUCUGGUACUUUUCUGAUCUUAUAUCCACUCAUGUUGUUUUCCUAACAGACAUUUUGUACACACUGUUUCUUCUUUUAUGGUUAUUGUUUUUUUCAUACGAUUAUGUUCGUGUGUACGAGGCGUACUCUCUCUCUCAUAUAAAUAACAUUUAUCACUUCAAAACCAAACUUUGAGAAAAAUAAACUCAUCUAUCUUGUCAUUUUUAAAUAAAGCAUACACAAUGCAUGUAAACUAAUCAUUAUAUUGGGUGGAUUUAAAAAAUACUCCACAAUAAAACGACAAACAACGGUAAAUUUUGAUAGUGCGAUAAGAAGAUGAAGAUUAUCAGAAUUAUGUCAUAUACUUGCGCAAUACAUAGUUUUUAAGUACAUUAGUGAUCAGAUUGUCUGAAAUGUAUUGCGCAAAGACAUUACAUAAUUCUGAUAACCUUUGUCUUCUCAUCGUAUUAUCCAAAUUUAUCAAAGGAACUAAUUGUUUUAGACAACAGUAAAUUGUUUACAUCAAAAUGAUUAGUUUUAUUUUGUUUUACUCCCGGCUUUUGCCUUUUGAUUGUUACUAUCACUAAUCCUGUAAUAAGAUGACUUGCAGUGCAGAUUUUUAUUUGUUCGUUUUCUUUUUUAGACCUCUUAUCCAUUUUCUUGUUUGCAGCAAAAAAUAAAAGUAGCUUUAGUUUCUCACUUCCAAUAUCAUAUUAAAAAUAAUAGCUG